ACCAGCGCGCAACCGGGCGCCCGCUAACCAAGUGUUCCCGCGCGCGCGCGGACCUCCAGAAACGCGCAGUUACGUCACUCUGCUUCGCGAGGGACUGACCCACGACCAGAGGAGGUCCCUGCCAGCAAGAUGCGGCUGCUCCAGUGGCUGCUGUGGGCCUGUGUAGCCGCGGCCACCGCACAUGAGCACGCGCUGUCCAAGAGGGAGGCCUCCAGCCAGCGCGUGGUCUGCUACUACACCAACUGGUCCGUGUACCGACCCGGCACGGCCAAGUUCUCGCCGCAGAACAUCAACCCCUACCUCUGCACGCACCUCAUCUACGCCUUCGGCGGCCUCAGCCGCGAGAACGGGCUGCGGCCCUACGACAAGUACCAGGACAUCGAGCAAGGCGGCUACGCCAAGUUCACGGGCCUCAAGACCUACAACAAGCAGCUCAAGACGAUGCUGGCCAUCGGCGGCUGGAACGAGGGCUCGGCGCGCUUCUCGUCGCUGGUGGCCGACGAGGAGCGGCGCGCAGAGUUCGUGAGGAACGCGGUGCGCUUCCUGCGGCAGAACCACUUCGACGGCCUGGACCUGGACUGGGAGUACCCGGCCUUCCGCGACGGCGGCAAGCCCCGCGACCGCGGCAACUACGCCCUCCUCGUGCAGGAGUUGCGGGAAGAGUUCGACAGGGAGCACUUGAAGACGGGCAGGCCUCGGCUGCUGCUGACGAUGGCCGUGCCCGCCGGUAUAGAGUACAUCGACAAGGGAUACGACAUUCCCAAACUCAACAGGUACCUGGACUUCAUGAACAUCCUCAGCUACGACUACCACUCGGCCUUCGAGCCGUCGGUCAACCACCACGCGCCGCUGUACCCCAUGGAGGAGGAGAACGAGUACAACUUCGACACCCAACUGUGCAUCGACUACACCGUCAAGCACCUGGUGGAGCUGGGCGCGGACCGCGACAAGCUGGUGGUCGGCAUCCCCACGUACGGCCGCUCCUACACGCUGUUCAACCCGGACGCCACGGAGAUCGGCGCGCCCGCCGACGGCCCGGGCGAGCAAGGCGACGCCACGCGCGAGAAGGGCUACCUCGCCUACUACGAGAUCUGCGAGAACCUGGAGAAGCACGACUGGCAGGUGGAGAAACCCAACCCCUCGGCGAUGGGGCCGUACGCCUUCAAGGACAACCAGUGGGUCGGCUACGAUGACGAGGACAUCAUCAGGAUGAAGGCCCGCUACGUGAGCGAGAACGGACUCGGGGGCAUCAUGUUCUGGGCGAUCGACAACGACGACUUCCGCGGCAAGUGCCACGGGCGGCCCUACCCGCUCAUCGAGGCCGGCAAGGAGGCCAUGCUGUCCGCCGGCGCGCUGACCAACGAGGUGUCGGAGGGCGCGCGGCCGGCGUCCAAGGGCUCGCCGCGGACCAGGGCGCACUCCGGCGGCGGCCAGUCAGGCAGGAGCCGCGGCCGCAAGCGCAAGAACAAGAACCGCUCCGGCACCACUUCCACCACCACCACCAGCACCACCCGGAGGACUCCGGCGGCGACCAGCACCACGCCCAAGUACGUGACCCCGGAGCCGCCCACCACGCCGGACCCGGGCAGCGACUUCAAGUGCAAGGACGAGGGCUUCUUCCCGCACCCCAGGGACUGCAAGAAGUACUUCUGGUGCCUGGACAGCGGGCCUUCGAACCUGGGCAUCGUGGCGCACCAGUUCACCUGCCCCUCAGGCCUGGUGUUCAACAAGGCGGCCGACUCGUGCGACUACGCGCGCAACGUGAUCUGCAAGAGCAAGCCCAAGGCGGAGGGCUCGACCACCGCCAGACCCCCUCCCUCCACCACCACGAGCACCACGAGCCGUGCCACGCGGCGUACCACCACCACCACCACCACCACAACCACCACCACGCCGCCGCCCGAGGAGGAGUACGAGGACGAGGAGUACGAGGACGAGGAGGAGGAGGAGGGUGCGGGAGGGGACGAGGAGGACCCCAAGGUCAUCCAGGAGCUCAUCAACCUCAUCAAGAAGCUGGGCGGAGUGGAGCAGCUGGAGAGGCAGCUGCAGAAGCAGGACAAGGAGGGCGCAGGCGAGGCGGCGGGCAUCAGCCGCAGCCUCUACGACAAGGUGCUGGCCCGCACCGCCGCCGCCGCCGUGGGCGGCUCUGGGCGCGGCGCCGCGCUCUACGGUUCCUCCACCCCCGCCCCCAGGGAGGCGUCCACCAAGUACACUUCCAUUUUCCGAAACAGGCAAAGAGGACCACAGAACGAAGGACUAGAAGAGACUCGAACGAAGUUUGAACGUCCGAAAUAUGUUACCAUUCAGAGAAACAGACCUUCCACAACUGCCCCGGAGACAGAGGACGAUGAAGAUCUGGACGACGAUGAAUAUGAUGAUGAUGAGGACGAGGGGGAGGAGAAACCUGUGGCAGAAAAGCCCGAGACGUCGAGGGCGGCUGCCAGGGAAUACGUGAACAUCCGUCGCGAGAGGCCUCAGAGAGUGGAGGAAACCGACGCCACGACCCCUAAAUACACAACGAUCCAGAGAAACAAAUCACGCCCAGUCGAAGAAAACGAACCAGAUGAACAAGAGACGCCUAAAACGUCUCCAGUUCGUAGUAGUGGUGAGAGUAAGAGUGACGACGAAGAAGAAUUUCCUGCAGCCAGCAGUGAUACUGAUGUGGAAAAAUCCCCUAAAGAAAUACCUUCCCCUAAACGUCCUUCAAGGUUGAAUAUCAUUAACAAAAAGGGGAGGAAAGAGACGGAGGUAGUUCCGGAGGUCGAGAAGGAAACAGAAGCACCUGUAGUCAAGGCGAGCCCCGUGAACAUCACGACGAGGCCGUUCGGCCGACAGCGAACGCCGGGCACCUUGUUCAGCCCCCGGCAGAGGCAGCGGGCCACCACGCCGCUCCCGGCGGCGGCGGCGGAGGCCGCGACCACGGCCGCCCCCAGGCAGUCCUCCGGGGCCCAGAGGCGGGUGGUGAAGAGGAGGAAGUUCGGCCCCCGCGGCCAGUCCACCACCGGGGCGCCUCAGCCCGCCGCGACGAGCCCAGGGGCUGAGGACCCCCAGACCCAGGGAACGACGAGCAGGGGCGAAGCGGCGGCGACGACGACGACGGCGGCGGCUCCCGCGCGCAAGUUCGCGUUCCCCAGGCGGCGGCCGGCGGCGGGCGACGACCCGCCCACCACGGCGACCCCGGCGACGGCGGAGGGCGACGCCGUGGUGCAGCCGUCGGCGCUGGUGGAGGACACGCGGGCGCCCGGCGAGGCGCUGCCCGACCUGGCGCACCCGGCCGUGGCGGCCAUCGCGCAGCUCGCCACGCAGCCGCCGCCCCCGGGGGCGGCGCCGGAGGCGGGCGAGGCAUUGACCAGGGCGGCCGCCCCGCAGCCCACCGUUGUUGAAGGUGCUCCGCCGCCCGCGCGGCCGGCCAGGAGGUUCACCAGCACCGCGGCCCCCGCCAGCGCCGCCCCCCUGAGGCGCCAGCCGCUGAGGCCGCGGCCCUUCUCGAAGGUGGUCGCGCCGGCGCCCGCCCCCGCCGCCCGGACGGCCCAGCCGCCGCCCGACUACGACUACUACGACGAGGGCGUCGAUGACGCCGGGGUCGCCGUCGGCGGCAGCAAGGUGAAGGUGCACGACGACGGCUACAUCGAGUGCCUGGACCAGGGCAACUUCCCGCACCCCUACUCGUGCAAGAAGUUCAUCUCGUGCGCCAAGAUGGAGAGCGGCGGGCUGCUGGGCUGGGAGUACACCUGCCCCAGGCAGCUCAGCUUCGACCCGGUGGGCGGCAUCUGCAACUGGUCCGCCGGCCUGGGCUGCAAGGAGUGAGUCCUGAGUCCCUGUGGCCCGCGGCGCGUCACGGACGAGACCAGAACUCCGCGGGGGCACACCUGAUCGCGACUUUAUUUAUGAAGAACCGCAACCCUUUCCGUCACCAGCAGCUCAUCCAAGAGCGAGAGUUAUUGCGAUCAUCCCGGGAGUGGUCCACUGAAGAUCGUCUCACGCUUUGGAUAAAGACAGUGACUGCGACAACUUCAUUACACUGUGUUGUAGUUUUAACCCUCCUUGGACCACGUUGAGCUCUUGCGGUGUGCAGAGUGGGUUCGGUUGUGUGACUUUGAAGCUGUGCGAUGGUGCGUUACCAAUUCGGAAAAGAGAAGAAUUUCCUUCUUCUUUUUAUUUUAGACCAGAUUAAAGUAUCGAGCUCGUCGUAAACAUGCUCUGUUGAAUAAUGAAUAUUUCUUCGCAAGAAUCUUAUCUUAAAUUCAGAAAAAAAAAUUUUUGGUCGAAGUAUUUUUUCUAACAUUAGAAACCACACAAAAAUAAAUCUGGAAGUGGUCAUUUCAACAGGUAUAAUUUUUGCCGCCGUACAAGAAGCUUGCAGAGUGUAACUUAAGCUAUAAGCUCUUAUUACAUUUUUCGCGUGGUAUAUUUACUCCGACUACAAAUACAAAAUUAACUACUAUCUGAAGAACUCGUAGAAAUAAAAACUUAUGAUUGACCAUUCUUACAAGCAAAAGACGUUAGUUUUACAGUAUCAUGUAAGCGUGGCUGAAAGUUUAUGAAAAAUUUUGAACAGGUGUAUUAUGUAGGCUAACUUGCAACAAAUAUCCCACUCAUUUGGCAAGAAUAAAUUACUUCUUGUGUCUUUUUCUUUGUAUCGUUAUAGUGUGGUUUCUAAUAUUUGAAAAUUACGUAAACAUGUAUACUAGUAUUUACAUGUUAAUUUUAUUUUGAUUGAGCAUUUUCAACAGUGCUUGUUGGGAGAUUUUGGGCAUUUUACUUGAUUUCUCAAGAGUUUAACAUCACAGUUUUCCCGGAAAAUCAUCACGAAGACAAUGAUUUUGUUUGAAUAGUAUCUCCAGUUUAGAUAAACACUAUUUUUCAGUGAUAUCAUUCUGUGCGCCUAGAGAAACUAGAUAAAUAAACAUUAUCUUACGUGAAAUGUAUAGAACACAAAUUAAGAAUUUAUGAAAUGUAGAUAAUAAUAUUUUUCACAUAAUAUGUGGGUUGUUUGAAUGAUCCUAAAACUCCAUUAUAGUAAUCUAACUAAUUUUGUAAAUACUUAUUUUCAGUUUAAAAAAUAUAUGAAAUGUGAAUACCAGUCCUAUUUAAUUUUUGAAAGUGUAUUAAAUGCGUUCAGUAAAACAUCAAAUUUUGUCACUUUAAUUCAUACAUAAUUGGAAAGUUUUGCUGGUUAAUUACUAAAGCUUAACUCUUCAGAAAUAUAUUUUGUGCUUUUUGUUAACACUGUGUUUCUUAUUAUAAAUGGAAGAGAUUUCAUCUUAGUAGCUGAGCUAUUUUUACUAUCAUUGCAAUGAAAGUUUUCAUUACGUAAAACAAAAAAAAAACAAAAAAUAUGUAGUCAAUUUUAUAUAAUUUAUAAUUGUUUAAUUUUUAUUAUUUGUUGUUUUUGAAGAUAACAUUGAACGAAUGCAUCACACAUGAGAAAAUUAUUUUCUUGUUUCUUCAAUAAAAUUCCUGAAAUAAAUUUCGAUUUGAUUUUUGUAAAAAAAAUGCCACUUAUGGCUGUACAUAACAUGUUAUUUAAAUGUGUAAAAUUUUGCGAUGAAUAAAAAGUAUGU